AAAUAAAAAAAUAAAAAAAAAAGAGCCUUGUUCAGAGUGAAGAUCUUGUUGCGAUCUUGGUUUCACUGGGUUUCUAGAGGUAUUAUUGUAUUUUUCAAAUUUAUUGUGAACUUAAGUUUUGGGCAUAAGCUUGAGCAUUGCAUUCUCUAUUUUAUUAUAGUAAAUUGUUCCCUAUAUAUUGAUUAGAGGGUUUUCAAUCUUGUGUGAUUAAUUUUCUUGCUGCUCUUGCGUGAUUAUUUAUUUAUUUUUUUGCUUCGGGCUAUAUUUAAAUUUUAUUUACAUAUAUAGAUGGAGAUUUAUCCCAACAAAUUUAUGGUAGAUGUCCUCUUCGUGAAGUGACUCAAAACUUUCAUAAUUUUAACCAGAUUGCAUAAACAGAAGCAAGAAAUAUUUGGUGUCCAAACUCCCAUAUUGCAGCCCCCUAGUCAUAAAAAAGUUGUAUCAUUGACCACAUUCUUCUCAUUUUUACAGGGUUUUGGAAGAGGUGAUUGGUGGACACCAUACCCCCAAACCAUGUUUAGUAUCAUGGAGAUGCUUAAAACAUUGGCACCAUAUUUCACGGCUGCUGUUGUGAUUGUACUUAGUCCCUUUGCAAAAGAACGCAUGCCUUAUGAAGUCAGCCGUUACCUGGUCUCAACCUUUAAAAAGUGGCUCGCUAGAUUCUCUACGCCUCAAGUCACUAUCGUCAUUGAAGAGAAAGGUGAUCUCACUAGCAACCAAAUCUAUAAGGCUGCCAAAGCCUACCUACGUACCCUGAUUCGUGAUUCAACAAAACAAACCCUGAUUUGUGAUUCAACAAAACCAAGAGGCUUCAAGGUAAGCAAAGAAGAUAGGCAAAAGGAAUCAAUCAUUGAUGUCAUAAAGGAUGUACAGGUUAUUGAUAACUUCAGAGAAAUUACACUCAAAUGGAAGUUACGUACAGAGAAAGACGAGGGUCCUGGUUUUAAGAAAUAUUUUCAGCUUUCCUUUGAUGAGGGAUACGAAAAGGAUGUGCUAGAGUCUUAUUUAGCUGAUAUAGUGGAUCGUUAUGAGAGAAUUCAAAACGAAGAAAAUGCGGUAAAGAUUUAUAUCCGUAAUGAAAAAGUUCGUGGUUCUGUUCAUCGUGAGCAUGAUCCUGAUCGUAAUAUACAUUGGGGUUAUGUUAACCUUGAACAUCCAGCUACAUUUGAGAAGUUGGCAAUGGACCCGGUGCAGAAGGAGAUGCUCAAGGAUGAUUUGGACAGGUUUCUUGAAGGGAAGGAUUUAUAUGAGAAAGUUGGCAAGACAUGGAAGCGAGGGUAUUUGCUUUAUGGCCCACCGGGUACCGGUAAAACAAGCUUGAUUGCUGCCAUGGCUAAUUACCUCAAGUUUAAUAUCUAUGAUUUGAACCUUUCCGGUACGUUUUCAAAUGAAGACUUGAGAAGUAUAUUGCUCUCAACAACUAAUCGCUCAAUACUGGUAAUCGAGGAUAUAGAUUGCAGUACAAACUUCAAAGCUAAAGAGAAAAAAAAUUACUCGUUCACACUAUCGGGUUUAUUGAACAUGAUAGAUGGAUUAUGGUCAAGUUGGGGAGAUCAGCGAAUUAUUGUGUUCACCACCAAUCAUAAGGACCGACUUGAUCCUGCUUUGUUGCGCCCAGGCCGCAUGGAUCUGCAUGUGCACAUGUCAUAUUGCACCAUGGAUGGGUUCAAGCUUUUGGCUUCUAAUUAUCUUAAUAUCGAAGCUGACCACCAACUCUAUAGACAGAUUGAAGGAUUGUUGGAGAAUGUAGAGGUUACCCCAGCUGAAAUGGCAGGGGAACUUUUAAAGAGUGGUGGUACUGAUGUUGUUCUAGGAGGACUAGUCAAAUUUCUUGAGCAAAAAACACUUCAGAAAGCAAAGGCUGCAGAGUUGAACGAACUUCUGAAGAGUGAUGAUAAUACAGACGUUGAUGUUAUAGAAUUUGUGAAAUUUCUCAAGAAGGAAAAACUUAAGAAUGCAAAGGCUGCAAAGGCAGAGCAACUUUUGAAGAUUGAUCAUACUUAUGUUGAUGUUGAUGACGAUGUUGAAGGACUUGUUAAACUUUUCAAGCAAAAAAAAACUUGAGGAUCCAAAGGCUGAAGAGGCAGUGCAUGUUGUUGGAAGAGGCAAACUAAAAGGUGCCUCUUGAUAUUUCAUAAUAGUUUGUGUUUUUUGUUUUUUCAUAACUGUUUGUGUCUAUUGUCAUUCCGUAAUGCUUGUAUCUUUGAGUCUUCCACAUUCUAGAAUUUUCUGUUAUGAAACAAAGAGUCAUGACAAUAAUGACAACUCUUGUAACUUCACCCUAUAAAAGGGGAUAGAUGUAUGAUGUGAAAGUGUGUGAGAGAUUGUAGUGAGCUCUCAAGACAGUAGCCUAAUCUCUUUG